AUGGAUAUAAAGACCUUGCUAGACAAUCUUCAUGAUGAAGUAUCCUGUUCUGUGUGUAUGUGUACAUUCACGGAUCCUAAACAGUUGCCUUGUUUGCACAGCUUCUGUCUUCAUUGCCUGAACGGAAUUCAACGAACGAGCGGCAUCCAUGGCAAAAUUACUUGCCCCGAGUGCAGGAGACAGUUUCAGAUUUCUGGGAGUGGAGAUCCCAGCGAACUUCCCACCAAUUUUCGUAUCAACAGUUUGCUAGAUGUCUUGGCAAUAAAAGAGUGCAGCACAGCUAACGUGAAAUGUGGAAACUGCAACAAACGGAGCGCCCAGACCUUAUAUUGUUUCCAGUGUUGUUCUUUCUGGUGCGAGGAAUGUGUUUUAGCACAUAACAUUAUACGCACCAAUAAAGAACACAGAACGCUGGCACUGAAAGAUUUUCAAGAUCAGGACAUCGAGGCCGUGUUAAAGAGACCGGCAUUUUGUCAAGAGAAACGACAUGAAAACAAAGAGUUGGAGCUCUUUUGCAAGGACUGUAAAGUCGCCAUAUGUAACACUUGUGCUGUAACACUCCAUGAAGGUCACGGAAAGAUGCUUUUGGAAGAAGCUACAGAUGCGCGCAAGACUCAGAUCAACUCCAUGACUCAAUCCUUAAUAGAAAAAGCACAAGAAAAACGAAAAGAACUCGAGCAAUUAAACCAAAAGAGCACGGACAUUAAACUGCAAGUAGCCGACUUUAAAAGCCAAGUGCAGACGAAUGUGGAUCAAGUUAUUGCAAUCAUCGAGGCGAGGAAACAGGAUGUUUUUGAUGCAGUCGAUAAUCAAGCGAAAAAAUCACUGGAAUCUCUCUCACAGAAAAAAGACGAAGUUGAAAAUCAAGUCAAAUUAAUUGAAUCGGCAAUUGAACAAACUAAAGCUCUUGUGAAACGAAGCUUUAGUGCUGAAAUCCUUGGAUUCAGUGAAACAUUUGAUGCAAUCCUUCAGGAACAGGGCACCCAAGAAAACCGUGACAUUGACUGUAUCCCUCGGUUUAGUUUCACUAAAAGUGAAAAAUUGAUUAACGUGUUGAACAAUGAAGGGAUAGGUAAUGUAAAAAUUGAUUUAAGCGAAACUAAAGCGCGACAAUCAGGAGCUAAAGGUAAAGAAAGUAGUAAAGUAAUCGCUGGGAUUAAAGGGGCAAAUGUUCGUGACAGUCCUCUUGAGACGCAGGUACAAAACAGGUGCUUCAGAUCUGUACUGUCAUUAGGACAAAAAGGUAAGUCUGUUGGAAUGCUUAGCUGUCCCUGGGGGGUGGCAGUGAAUGAUCAGGAUGAAAUUGCUGUGACUGAGUGGGACAACAACAGGGUUUCAGUGUUUAGUAGUGACGGUACCCACUUAAGAUCGUUUGGUAGGAGGGGUAACAAUAAUGGUGCGUUGGGGGGCCCUAGAGGGAUCGCUUUUGAUAGUCAUGGCAAUAUUGUAGUGGCAGACUGUGUUAACCACAGGGUGCAAGUCUUUGAUAGGAAUGGUAACUUUCUUAGUAAGUUUGGUGAACAAGGAAGUCGUGAUUAUCAGCUUAAAUUCCCUAAAGGUUUAUCAGUAAACGGUAACGGUGAUAUUAUUGUUGCUGAUCAGGGUAACAAAUUAAUCAAGAUAUUCUCCUCUAGUCGCAUUUAUUUGCGUAAGUUUGGUGGAGCACGUUCUUUGGUCCUUCCCUAUCACUGUAUCCAACACGGUCAAUAUUUUAUAGUCUCAGAUCAUGGUGAUCAUUGCAUUAAGAUGUUUGAUCUUGAGGGAAAAUUUAUUUCUGAAUUUGGUAAAAAGGGAAACGAGGAUGGAGAGUUCAAUCAGCCCGUUUGCUUGUCAGUUAACAAACAAGGAUUGCUAAUGGUCUGUGAUGCAGGAAAUCACAGAGUUCAAGUAUUUGAACUGAGUGGAAAGUUUGUUACAAAAUUUGGAAGUGAAGGUAGCGGGAGAGGAGAGUUGAAUUAUCCAUUUUCUACAGCAAUUCUUAGUGAUGGAAGAAUAGUUGUGUGUGAUUUGAAUAAUGAUCGAAUCCAGGUAUUUGAGCAAACAGGAAAUAAUCUAUAACCUGCGAAUUAAACCGUCUUUCCUCGCUCCUUGUCGUUUGGGACCUUUCGCGGAAAACAUCUCUGCCGCGAAACUUCGUAAUAGCAGCAAUGUGCGAGGAGAGUCAGCUGUAUUCGCAGCGGGCUACAAAUAACCUUUGAAAUUCAGUUCACUAUUAUAUAUUCCGAUUGUUAAUCAGAUUCACAGUUCAUGUUCAUUCAUACAAUCACAGAGUGCAGGUAUUUGAACUGAGUGGAAAGUUUGUUGCAAAAUUUGGAAGUGCAGGUAGCGGGAGAGGAGAGUUGAUGCAUCCAUUUUCUACAGCAAUUCUUAGUGAUGGAAGAAUAGUUGUGUGUGAAUUUAAUAACGAUCGAAUCCAGGUAUUUGAGCAUACAUGAAAUAAUCUAUAACCUGCGAAUAAAACCGUCUUUCCUCUCUUCUCGUCGUUAGGGACCUUUCAGGGAAAACGUCUUUGCCGCGAAACUUCCUAAUAGCGGCGAGGAGCGAGGAUAGACAGGUGUAUUCACAGCGGGUUUGAAAUAAUCCUGCCUUUGAUGAACUAAGACUUGAGAUUCAGGUCCUGCUAUUAUACAUUGCUCAUUAGCUCCACAGUUCAUGUUUCUGGAGGAAUCAGUUUUGUGCGAUUAUUUUGUUCAGACAUUUUGAUAUGUCGAAACUGGUUUAUUAUGUUCGACUUGUAAAUAUAUUUUGUCCAUAAAUGAUAUGGAUGAGUCCACUGUCGCGUUAAAGUUGAGUUUACGCCGGCGCUACCUUCCUUGCAUUGCCUCUAGUUUAUUUACGCGCGUAAAUACAAUGCUUAGAAAGAAAAACUGGACCAUAUAUUAGCUUAUAUUGAAUUGACUAGAUCCAAAAAAAUCAAUUAAUUGAGAUAAUUUUCUCUUACAUUGUAAUCUCACAUUAUUACUAAAUAAAUUUGCAAAUACUUCAUAUCUAUAGAAAUAUUAUACUGUUUAAUAUUUACAUACUUUUUUGAAAGUGUGAUUUUUGAAUGGGUUUUAACCUGUUCAAUAGCGAGGACAGCCUGAGUUGUCAAUUUUGUAAGUAAACGGCUUAUUUUUACUUACCUUUUUUCAGUAGAAGCAGACGUACAUAUUACUCAAAAAGCAAAAUACUAUUCCCUGUAAAUAACUCAAGUGGAUUAUUGUUGUCUAAAUAAACAACAGUGUAAAUGCUUUGUUCCUUGUAUUCAAUGUCUCCUAAUAGUCAAAGGCGGAUUUAGUGGGGGAGUGGGAACCAGGAAGCCGCGAACACUCCACUUUUCUUUGAAAUUUUGUAUUGCAUCAGUCAAUUCCACCUGCGGCAUUAGCAUUUCUUUGCCUUGGAUGGCAAAUUUCCGAGGGUGGGGACUCUUGAGCUGUCAAAUCCCCGGGGUGGGGACGAAAAAAGAGGGCAAAUGCCCCGUCCUCCGUCAACACUGCAACAUUUUUCAUUGAUCGCACAGUCAAAUAGUGCCUUUUUAAGCAUUUUAAUGUGCGAUUUUUUUGGUUUAAUUAACGUCUUCCUUUGUAAUAGCGCGAGGAUUCUAAUUAAGACUUCAUGCCGCGACGACAUGCACCAGUUUAUGGUUUUAGUAUUGGUAUAAAAUUAUUGACAUUAAAAUUAAUAGAGCGCUGUAAAGUUAUAUGUUAUGAAUAGUUUUAUAAAUAUGAAAGGAUGUUCUUCAAAUAAUACCAACAGAAAUUUAACCAAAAAAAUAACCAAAAAACGUUGAUUCACAUCGAUAGCUCCAAUUUCGCUACGCAAUUCUGGCUUGAUAAGCAAUGAAGAAAUGCAUACAUACAUGUCAAAUCGAGAACAUGCCUUUACAACCCUCUACAAUUUAUUUCUGUCCUUAAAAAAUGAGCCAAUCUGCUUUUCUUCUACUAAAACCUUAUAUUCUGAUAGGAAACCGCGUGCGUAUCAAAAGCUCGGGAUUGGCCCGGGGGUUGGCAAAUGCCCGGCCCCCGGGCAGUGCAACAUUUGCAAAUGCCCCACUCCCGGGACUGACAAGGCGGGCAAAUGCCCCGUAGUUGCCCGGGGGGGGGGGCUGGGCGCAGGUGGAAUUGACUGAUGCAUUAUGCUUUCUGGUGCGAGGAAUGUAUUUUAGGACAUAACAUAAUACGCACCAAUAAAGAACACAGAACGCUGGCACUGAAUGAUUUUCAAGAUCAAGACAUCGAGGCCGUGUUAAAGAGACCGGCAUUUUGUCAGAAGAAACGACAUGAAAAAGAAGAGUUGAAAUUCUUUUGCAAGGACUGUAAAGUCGCCAUUUGCAACACUUGUUUUAUGAAGGUCAUGGUAAGAUGCUUUUGGAAGAAGCUACAGACGCACGUAAGACACAGAUCAACUACACACUUCAAUCUUUAAAAGAUAAAGCACUUGAAAAACGAAAAGAACAAGACCAACUGAACCAAAAGAGCAUGGACAUUAACGAGCAAAUAGCCGAAUUAAAAACCCAAGUGCAGACGACUGUAGACCAAUUGCUUGCAAUCAUCGAAAAGAGGAAACAGGAUAUUUUUGAUAUAGUCGACAAUCAAGCGAAAAAACCACUGGAGUCUCUCUCACAGAAUCAAGUCCAAGUUGCAAAUCAAAUGAAACUAAUUGAAUCAGCAAUUAAAGAAACUGAAUUUGUGUUGAAACGAAGCUUCAGUACUGAAAUCCUUGAAUUCAGUAAAACCUUUGAUUCAAUCCUACAGGAACAGGGAACCCAAGAAAACAGUGACACUGAAUGCAGUAUCCCUCGGUUUAGUUUCACUAAAAGUGAAAAACUGAUUAAUCUGAGCAUGAGCGAGGGGAUAGGUAAUGUAGUAUUUAUUUUUAGCGAAACUAAAGCGCAACAACCAGAAGCUAAACGUAAAGAAAGUAUUAAAGCAAUUGCUGGUAAUAAAGGGGCAAAUGUUGGUGACAGUCCUACUCAGACUCAGGUACAAACCAGGCGCUUCAUAUCUGUGCUCUCAUUCGGACAAUAUGGUGAAUCUCCCGGAAUGCUUAACUUGCCCUGUGGGGUGACAGUUAAUUGCAAUGAUGAAAUUGCUGUGGCUGAGUCCAAUAAUAAUAGGAUAUCUGUAUUUAGAAGUGACGGUACCCACUUGAGAUCAUUCGGUAGGAGGGGUCACAAUAAUGGAGAGUUUAAUUACCCUACAGGGGUCGCUUUCGAUAGCCUUGGCAAUAUCUUGGUGGCAGACUGUUUUAAUCACAGGGUGCAGCGUUUUGAUGGGACUGGUAAGUUUCUAAGAAAGUUUGGUGAAAAAGGAAUUCUUGAUCACCAGCUCAGUUAUCCUGAAGGUUUAUUAGUAAACUGCAAAAGGGAUAUUAUCGUUGCUGAUAAAGGUAACAAACUAAUCAAGAUAUUCUCUUCUAGUGGCGAGUAUUUAUGUAAAUUUGGUGGAGCAGAAGGUGCUAAGUUGGUCAGUCCUUAUCACUGUGUCCAACAUGGCCAAUAUUUUAUAGUCUCAGAUUACGGUGAUCAUUCCAUUAAAAUGUUUAAUCUUGAUGGAGAGAUUAUUUCUAGAUUUGGAAAACAGGGGAGCAAGGAUGGAGAGUUCAAUAGGCCAUAUUACUUGUCAGUGAACAAAGAAGGAUUGCUAAUGGUCUGUGAUGAAAGAAAUCACAGAGUUCAGGUAUUUGAACUGAGUGGAACGUUUGUGACAAAGUUUGGAAGUAAAGGUAGCGAGAGUGGCGAGUUUAGGAAUCCAGUAUGUACAGCAAAUAUUGGUGAUGGAAGGAUAGUUGUAUGUGAUACGAAUAACAACCGAAUCCAGCUGUUUGAUUUUGAAUGA